CCCGGCAACCUGGCAUGAAAACACAUAAUUAGUUCACAGUUUGACAGCCCUAAAAAUCGUAUUCACUGAAAACUUGCCAUAUGUUGGCAUGAUGUGCUGUGCAUCCUUAAAAAACUAGACUAAUGGAGGAUAAGCAAAGAGACUUAAAGAGCUAUUUACAGCAGAUGGACACAAUCUGAAAGUGUUCUUAAGAUAUGCUAAAAAUAAAAAAUCCAGCAAAGACCCGACUUGAAAGAUGCAUUUGACCCUGCAUUUGAUCCAUAUACUGUUUGCUGAAGCCUCAUCAAAAAGGUGGCUGUCACUAAGCCAUUGUUAAGAAAGGGAAACUGGGAGAAAAGACUAAGGUAAUCCAGGGACCUGGCAAUAGAAGAAGCAGUGCUAUUAAUAAAAACAUGCCCUGUUUGUAUUUUAUUAUAGAAAAUACCAGUAUAGACUAUUUCAAAGUGUAUAUUAGCUCAUUUGAAAAUAUGUUACUUUGUUCAGCAGGAUUUUGUGUAAUGUACACUGUCAAGAUGCUGUUUAAUAGAUGUGACCACACUAGGGGUUUUUCCUGUAUGGCCUUGGUAAACAAAAUGUUGCAUUUCAUAAGCACUGGUCUGAAUAAGUGGGGGAAAAAUCUCCUAAGCAGCCAGAUAUAUGCUCACUGGUCUCAUUUUUAACAAAAGGGUGUGCAAACAGAAGGCUUGACCAAGCAGCAGAAGCAGGGAGAAAACCAAAGGAGAGUUUUCAGGUACUAUGACUGCUUUCUGUUUCUUGAUGAGGCUUUAAGAAUAUGACUAAUUUGUAUUUUGCGAAGUAGUUAAGAUAUUCAUCGGGUUAGUUAUUUAUUUUUUCCUUUUCAAAAGUGGGCCUGUGUGUUUUAGGCUUUUCUGCUGGUGCUGCCGCACCAGAUGGUAAGCAGUGUCAUUAAAACCUGGGUGAGCUUUCAGGAAAAAGCCUGCAGAAACCCUGAUAUAACCUUUUAUUUUUUCCUUACUUUGCAGACACUUCCACUUCAGUACCCAAAUAAGGUUAUCUUUUAAAGAUAUUGUAAAAUUAAGUGUUUGUUGUACAAUGUACUAGUCUUUUUUUAAAAGCUUUAUCAGUUUCCGUUUUGCUUUUAGAGUUUUGGUUAGAUACACUUGAAUAUUUUACUAUCACAUGAGUUACUUGGAUGUAACUGUUAGAUAUAAAGGUUUUACCAUGUAAAAAGCAAAAACUUUUCACACACAUGUUUUUUAAACUUUUGAAAAGAAGGAAUAGAAAUUUUCAUCCAGCUGCAUACAGUUUUCAUGCCACUAGAUGGGGCUCUUUGCCUGUUCUUAACAACUCUCUUUGUAUGACUAUUCUGGUCCAUAAUAUAGUUUCUUCCUAGUUUUGGAGAAUUGGAUUUACAGAAUAUUGAAAUUUAAUUCUCAAGUUGAAUAAUUGCAAUCACUGAUUCAGCAUUGUGUUUAAAAGCUAAAUUAGCAGUGACAUUAACAUUACUAAAGCAUAAAAUAUGCAGUAUUGAACUUAUAAAAUAUACCAGUGUGAUUAUUAACUGUGUAAAUUUCCAGUCUGUGAAACUUUCAACAGAAAACACUCUAGUUUGCAAUUUAGUGAUGUGUGUAUUGAGAGCAUGAACACUAGUAAAAUUUAAGAUUUUUUUAAAUCAUUGACCUGCUGUGUUGACUUUUGGAUGCUUGUGUGUUUGCUAAACUUUUAAAAGAGUUUAUGAUGUAUUGUAAUUUUGCUCCUCAGCUACAGGAAGUAAGUGACAACGAGUCAUUAAUGCACUGCACUUGUCACAGGUUGUACCACAGCCUCUAGCUGGGCAAUAGCUGUCACUAUUUAUAAUACUCCAUGUCAGGCGGACCACCGUGUGUGUGUGUGUGUGUGUGUGUGUGUGUGUGUGUGUGUGUGUGUGUGUGUGUGUGUAAGCUGUCCGUCUCCCCUCAGAAUUUUCCAGCAAAGAAGACUGGGAGCUCAUUGGUGAGCUGGUUAUCGUGCUUAUCCACAGAGUACCUUCUCUGUUAUUUAUUUUUUUUAGUUACUUGCUGUUCAUCGCGAUCCUUUGUUUUUGCUUCUCUUGGAUACACUGCAUGUUUUAAUGAUAUCUAUCUAGCUGCUAUUUUUAGAAGAGUGGAAAAACUUUUGUCCUUCGCUGACCUAGGCGCUCAGCUGGCUCAGCUGCAGCUGGUCUUCUGGCUUGCUAGCUGACAUGCUAGCUACACUCUUUGAUUUCCAAUGCCCUCCUCUGUGGCCGCUUUUCCCUGUGCUGCCUACAGGAAGCUCCUUCCCUGGUUGCUAAGGCAACCGAGGACGAUGGCCCCCAGCAGGAGUUGGGGAAGCCUUGGGCUGUCUUUCAACUCGGCGCUGUGCAGUGUGCCUGCUGACCCGCCGCUGACUGGGAGGAGGAGCCAACUUUGCAGAGGAGCUUCGCCUGGCCCAGUAUGGGUCCUACCGUCCCGCUGUCCCACUGUGAGACAGAGCUCCAGCAUCAGAGCUAGUGCUCCUUUCUCCCCCUGCUGGCCACUUCAAUGCUCUGACCCACUGUGCUCGACUAGUAACAAGAGCACAGGCGGCAAGAUGUCAUCUUCUUCCUCCACCUCCUCCUCUAAUGCUGCAAAUGGACAAGGGAAGCCUAAGUCUAAAUCCCCGAUGCACAAGAGGGGGAGCCUGCAGAGCACCACCAGCCCUGAUCUUUGCGGUGCAUCUGGGCCCAAACCCCUCAAAACCCAGCGAUCCCUUCCAGGGACGCCUGUUUCUCUCGCACACUGCCCAAUAGACCUGCGCACAUCAAUGGAGGAAAAGUACAAAGAGAUUGCUGAGGAGCUGUUCACACGCAGCAUGACAGAGAGCGAGAUGCGCAGUGCUCCGUAUGAGUUCCCGGAGGACAGUCCCAUCGAACAGCUGGAGGAAAGACGUCAUCGCCUGGAGAGGCAGAUCAGCCAGGAUAUUAAGUUAAUGAAAGACGAAAGUGUGGACACUGUUGAUGAUGCCGUUAAGGAGCGAGAAAUGCCGAUGGAGUACCAGCGGGUCUCAAUAUCUGGAGAGGAAAAGUGUGGGGUGCCCUUCACUGACCUAGUAGAUGCUGCCAAGUGUGUUGUGAAGGCACUAUUUAUCCGGGAGAAGUACAUAAACCGUUCCCUGCAGAACUUUUGUAAGACUACAGCUCAUGCCUUGCAGGACCUUGGGAUGAAGACUCUGGAUCUGGGAAUUUAUGAAGAUGUACCAGAGACCCCUGUAGAUGCUGAUGCCCCGGUCCAUCCACCAGUUUCUGAAACACACCCUUACGACAAUCAGGACCCCAAUAACAUGCCACCAGACACAGGAUAUGGUUGCAAGAUGGUAGACGGGGUAGUCCAUGUCUACACUAAGAAAACCAAUAUGGACAAAAGUGGAGAACUUGACCUGCCGUAUCCUGACCUUAAAGAGUAUAUUGCAGACAUGAAUGUGAUGAUGGCUCUUAUUAUCAAUGGGCCAGUGAAGUCUUUCUGCUACCGUCGCCUGCAGUACCUAAGCUCUAAAUUUCAAAUGCACAUCCUUCUGAACGAGAUGAAAGAGCUGGCAGCUCAGAAGAAAGUUCCUCAUAGAGACUUCUACAACAUCAGAAAGGUGGACACACACAUACAUGCCUCAUCCUGCAUGAACCAGAAGCACCUGCUGAGAUUCAUUAAGAGAGCCAUGAAGAAAUAUCCCGAGGAGAUCGUUCACAUUGAGCGUGGGCGUGGUCAGACCCUCAAGGAGGUUUUUGAGAGCAUGAACCUGACUGCUUUCGAUUUGAGUGUAGACACGCUUGACAUGCACGCGGACCGUAACACAUUUCAUCGGUUUGACAAGUUCAACGCCAAAUACAACCCCAUCGGAGAAUCCAUCCUCAGAGAGAUCUUCAUCAAGACAGACAACUACAUCGAAGGGAAAUAUUUUGCACAUAUAAUUAAGGAGGUGAUGUUUGACCUGGAAGAGAGCAAGUACCAGAACUCUGAGCUCCGUCUGUCCAUCUACGGCCGCUCUAGAGAUGAAUGGGACAAGUUGGCUCAGUGGGCUGUCAAGCACAGCGUGUAUUCUGAUAAUGUGCGCUGGCUUGUCCAGGUGCCCCGUUUGUUUGACGUGUACCACACAAAGAAGCAGCUGGCUAAUUUCCAGGAGAUGCUGGAGAACAUCUUCCUGCCUCUGUUUGAAGUCACAAUCAACCCCCGUAGUCAUCCUGAGCUGCAUCUUCUCUUGGAGCAUGUGGUGGGCUUUGACAGCGUGGACGAUGAGUCCAAACCUGAGCACCACAUUUUUAAUCUCGACAGUCCGCUUCCAGCAAACUGGACAGAAGAAGACAACCCACCCUACUCUUACUACCUCUACUACACCUAUGCCAACAUGAGUGUGCUCAACCACCUGCGAAGACGGCGAGGUUUCCAUACGUUUGUGCUGCGACCUCACUGUGGGGAAGCGGGGCCGAUCCACCACCUGGUGUCGGGUUUCAUGCUGUCAGAGAACAUCUCUCAUGGUCUGCUGCUCAGAAAGGCUCCAGUGCUGCAGUAUCUUUAUUACCUUGCUCAAGUCGGCAUUGCCAUGUCACCACUGAGCAACAACAGCCUGUUCCUCAGUUACCACCGCAACCCACUGCCAGAGUAUCUGUCCAGAGGCCUCAUGGUCUCCCUGUCCACCGAUGAUCCUCUCCAGUUCCACUUUACCAAGGAACCUCUGAUGGAGGAGUACAGCAUUGCCACUCAAGUGUGGAAACUAAGUUCAUGUGACAUGUGUGAGCUGGCAAGAAACAGUGUCCUCAUGAGUGGAUUUUCACACAAGGCCAAAAGCUACUGGUUGGGUCCAAAUUACGCUAAGGAGGGUCCUGAGAGCAACGACAUCCGCCGCACCAAUGUCCCGGACAUCCGCGUGGCGUACCGAAGCGAGACGCUCACUGAGGAGCUUCAGCUCAUCACUCACGCUGUGCGCACGGACGAGCUGGACGCUAUCGACGAGGAGGACUCUCUCACCAUGGGCUCUUUCCCGGGACGGCGUUGAAAUCUGACAAAAUGUAAAAUCCCCAAACCCGUGGCCCACCCAGCAUGACACUGAAGAUAUGUGCUGUGAGAGCAGCAUAAACACCACUACAACAAUUGUACAAGUAUGUCAGCUGCACAGCUAUGAAAAAGCCAAGAAUAUAGUUCUGCCAGAACACUUAGGCUCCACUUACUUUAAUAUUGCCAUGUGUUAUUUUAUUUAAAGUUUCCCCAAAUGUCCAUUGUUUGCAGUCUGAGUCAGUUCCAUGAAGGUUUGCAGGGCCUGCCAUCAGGGUUUUCUGAGAUUGAACAGCAGGGAAACGUGUGGUGUAUUCCUGUCGUGUCCUGUCCAUCAGAUGGUCCCUGUGGUGUUUUCUAUUAAUUAGUAACUUGCUUUCAUAGUAGUAGCUGCAGUAUUUACACUGACAACCAGCACAUUUAAACCUCUCCUGUUUUGCUCAGCCUCUUCUAUACUUAGUCAUUCUGUUCUUUCAUUUGAUUACACACAAAUAAAAAAUUACUGAUGUAUUUUUGCAGGAAUAACACGCUUUGAUUGUUGGUGGAGGUUGGACUUACCUGCACAACAAACUUUGACGGGCCUCUUGUUUAAUCUACUGAAUGCUGCAGCACUAAAUCAUAGCUGUGUGUGUCUUGCUUGGCGUGGUUUUUAAUCAUAUACUUGCUAAAUUGCACUUUCUAGAAUCGUUCUUCCAUGAUUCAGUCAGCACAGAAAGAAAAAAACUCCACAGUCGAGAGGAGAGAAGCAGGCUGAUGCAAACAUUCCUUGAAGCGAAUGGGACUCUUUAAGCAGCGUACGAAGCGACCUCGUCAAAAAUGAUGAGAUGUUUGUGUGCUGAAAGAGAGACACUGUAGAUUUUAAUCACAGCACAAAAAAUGUGGAUGAGUUCUCACUUUGACCUCACUGUGACCACAAACCCCCCUCUGUAUGUCUUACGGGCCCCAAUCAUUCUCAUUCCUUUUACUAGACAGUCACAGAGGUUUUUCCCCUUUGCAUGCAAUGCACUGUACAUAUGCACCCAGCCAAGGUUUCACAGUGCCUUUUCAUUUUUAGCUUUGAGCAGUGCAUGCUCUCUUUCUUGCCUGCUUAUUUUCCCUCAGUCGAUAAACACUGAGCAUAUACGCGCUUCACACCGAUUAGCUGAAAGCACCUAGCUGCAUGAUCAGUGUAAAGUAGCUUUUACUUUGGCCUUUAGGAGGAUCUAUUACCGGUUCUGUGAGUAUGUAAAUGAUUUUUUUUUUUUUUUUGCAUGUCUGCAUGAUUAAUGGAUGGCAGGAGAGAAUGAGACUGAUGUUUACAGCAAGCUUUAAUGUAAAACAUCUAAACUAAUUCAGGGCUGCUGACCAGCUUUCAAUCCAGAAUCUGUUUUGUAAUGUAGCAAGCAGGUUUGUACUCGGUUCUGUUCACCAUGUACAAAUUCACAAACCAUGCUGGGACAUGGUUAAGACAUUUGCAUGGUACUUGUAGCAUUUUUUUUUUUUUUUUACUUGCCCCAAACCUGGUCAAAGCUGGUAUCACCCACCUCGGGAUUUUUGUAUUAUAACAUCACACUGCCUGCCACUGGACCUCCCAUCAAACUGCUAGCAUACUUGUUAAACCCCAGUCGAGUAAGACUUUAUGCCAAGACUAGAAGAGAACGAGUCAGAAAGUAUCGGGCUUUAUUUGAAUAACCAGCUGUAAAGUAUUUGGGUAGGAAAGUGUUUGCUUUAGAGGUGUUUAGGAUAAAAACUGAGAAUCUGUCAUUUUUCAGCUAUAAAUCGUAGCUACACAAGUGGAGCUCCGUGGAAAUGUCACUGUGGGAGUUUCUGUAAAGAGUGUAUUUUUCAAAGGCAAUACAAAGAUGGGUAAUUUUAUCUAAUUGAUGUGAAGGUUUGACACUUCAAUUUGUCUGUUUAUUGCUUUUUGAAUCUAAGUGGACACAGAGUGUCUGCUCUGCCUCUUUAUUACUGCAUUAGUCGUUAUUCUUCACCUGUUUUUAUUCCUGUGAACUCUCAGUAUUUCAAUGCAAAUGUAACAGAUAAAGUGUCAAAGUUGGUACUUUUUACUCUAAAGCCAAACGUCACCUCCAGCAGUGUCUGUGAACACUUUGGCCCUUGCACUUUUUCAUUUGAACCAAAACACUGAUGGAUUUUACAUCUACACUGACGUUAGCCUUUUACUCACUCGUUUAAUAUUCAGUUUUGACUCUGUAACAUUUUGCACUGUGAUUAUGGGAGUUUUUUGAUUACAGUUGCUCAUGCUGCUAUGGCAUUUGUCAUCUGAACCGACCCAAAACUUUUCCACCUGUUCGGUUUCUAUCUGUUCACUUUUACAUCUUGUUGUUUACUGUUUAUUAUGCUAAUUAUGUCCAACAUAUAGUCCACCCUACCUCACAAAUCAUGUCUUUUUGGAGCCCAGCAGCAGUAUUCAAGACUGCAACUCACAGCAAUCAACUGCUGACAUACUGAAAACUACAUAAAAGUCCCAUCAUAGUUUGCAUAGUUCAAAUUAAUAUAUUACUCAUAUAAUUAAUAUAUUGAAGUCAAUCGUCAGGAAAAAAGAAAAAGCAACAACUCCUUUUACUUCAGAAGCUCACGUUUCUGGUAUUGUUGUAUUAAUACCAAUAUUUCAAUAUAUAAAGGAGAUUGAGCUCAGUAAAUAGUAGCACAUGAGGGUCAGAGAUAAAAUACGUGAAGUCGAGUAACACUGAGUGGGAGCCAACACAGAAACACAGCAUAUAUUCAAACAUGGCGUUAACAGUUAACAUGUUCGGCAUCAUUUACAUUACCAACCUCAUAGUGCUCUAAGUAUUCUGAUACUCAGUGUGUGUUUGUUUUCAGCUGAGGUUUUCUUCUUUGUUUUUACAGCCAUGUAACUGUGUAGACAUUAUUAUUAUUAUUAUUAUUAUUAUUAUUAUCAUUUUUAUCAUUUUUUAAAUUCUGCCUGAUUUUAUUUCCAUUAAUCUGUAAUCUGUAGCCUUAUUGCUUGAGAUGGACUGCCAGAGUUUUACAGAUUCAGAUGCCUCUGAGGUUCACGUGUAAUGACUCGACAACAAAAUAAAGCAUGUUAAUUCACCCA